UUCUGUCAUUUUCGAUAUGCAUACGAAAAUUGGCGUCUGAUACUCUGAUAUCGUUACCUUUUCCCAUUAUUAACAAUUUACUGCUUCAGGUAGGCCGAAUGCUGUUCGUUUGAUUUUUCAGAUCUGAAGAUUUUCGCAUUCGAACUUCUCUAAUUGGGAGCAUCACUCUUAAUUCCAGUGAUUUAUUCACUAUUUGAUUUGCAGGAUUACGGUGUUUAUCCGCGGCGUCAUUUCUGUUUCAGUUAGCUAUCUGGAAUUCUGGAUAUUCCGAACUCCUCAGAAUGAAUUCGAGAAGGGAUCGCAAUGCUAGGGCUUCUCUUUUUGAUGGAAUUGAAGAAGGAGGCAUCAGGGCUUCAUCUUCUUACUCGUCUCAUGAAAUUGAUGAGCAAGAAAACGACAGAGCAAUGGAUGGCCUACAGGAUCGAGUUAAUCUGCUUAAAAGAUUGUCAGGUGAUAUACACGAGGAAGUUGAGUCUCAUAACCUUAUGCUGGACAGAAUGGGAAAUGACAUGGACGCUUCCAGAGGAGUUUUAUCUGGAACUAUGGAUAAAUUUAAGAUGGUGUUCGAGACAAAAUCAAGCAGGAGGAUGUUUUCUCUUGUAGUAUCUUUUGUGGUUAUUUUCCUUGUUAUAUACUAUCUGACUAGGUAGUGGUCACUGGAAUGGAAAUAGGAGGACCUGUGAACUCUAUGGAAAAAGAAUGCCUGUCUGCUUUAGUAAUGAAUCAAAUCAUGAUUGCUAUCAGGAAGCUGCCAUGGCUCACUAAGCCUGUCUAUAAAUGUUGGUUUUGCAUACUUUAAUCACAUGGUCUUCAAAUUUUGUAAAUAUUGAUGGA